AUAGUCAGCUCUAGUUUGUUUAUCAGGUUUUGAACAUUGUUCAUGUGCUACUCUGAGAUGUAUUUAUGUUUAUUUGUCGCGGGACUAAGGUUUAUUUAGCAUUGCGUUACAUCGUUUCAAAAUAUGGCGGUUCCAAAAGCUGAAUUGAUGGCAUUUAGUCCUACAAACUACAUGUCGGAAGAUCAAUUCUGUGGCAGUGGCAUGGACACAAAUAAGGAAAACAAUGACUCGACUCCUGUCUUGAGCUUAGUUAAGUUUUCGAGAGCUCCUUUUGUGUCGUUUGGAACUGUUAAAUUGGGUUUAUCUAAAUCGUCAUUUUUACGAAUUGACAAUCCAACCGAUGAGGCUCCAAUCGUCGUGAUUGUUGACAAAAUCGCCUCAUCUAAAGGAUUCUCUGUGGACCAAACCAAGUUCACAAUUGAGCCUGAUGGGAGUACAAUCUUAACCAUAACUUGGACGCCUGUGGAGGAAGGGGGCGUCAGGGAACUUAUUACAUUUAUAGCAAAUGGAGUUGUUAAGCAUCAAGCAGUUUUGCUGGGCAAAGUGGAAACGCCAAAAAAGAAAAAGAAAAGUUUGUGGGACUCUAUCAAAAAUAAGAAGACUGAUUCCUCUGUCUCAUACCGAACCAAGAAAACGGAGGCGGGACCACAUAAAGCAGCAAACAAAACAUUCCAUGUACCCAGACAGCCUCAGUACAAACGAGAGAAGCUGAAGACUCCCCUGUCUCAGUGUAACAGUGAAAGACCUUCUCUGAGACCUAAAGCUGCCCGUGAGAUGACAGGAUGUCAUGAUGACUUUGAGAACAUUCCCCAUCAAAGCAUCUCCCCCAAAGUAAUGUUGAUUCCUGCAGACAAACUUUUAGCCGUGCCUACAGCAGGCACACCUCAGACUCCUGCAGGUUUGUCCGAACGAAGAGUCUUAAACAAGACCCUCUCUCCUAUUGCAAGCACAUUUAGGUCUAAAGAACAGGCAUAUCAAAGCCCACUGCCUGUGAUCAAAACGCAUCCAGCACCCGCUGCCUCAGAUGAGGCACCCUUGCCUGGAUCACCUGGGUUGUCACUGAAAGAAGCUUUGGGCAUCAUCGACUCUGAUCUCAGUCAGCCCGUGAGCCCUCCAAAUGCUUGUUCAAGCUUUGACUUCUCUGAUUCGCUGGAGUCUGAAAUAGGAGUCUCAAGCAAUGGGUUGGGAGAGUGUGAGGCAAGUGAGGACGUUGCCGUCCCCUUUCAGCAGAACCUUGCUGAGCCCAGGCUUACCUUCUUUGUGAAACCCAAACCAGCCCUAGAGCCUGAACGUAGAUCCGAGGUCAGCUGUGAGGGGUCUGUCCCAGCGAGGGCACCAGUCAGCUCUGCCACGAUUACCAAAAGCAGAGCGCCGCCGUCACCAGCGAGCAGUCACCAUGGGCGCAGAAUCAAAACAUCACGGCGCAAACUCCUGGAGGAGCCGCCGAGAGUUGAUCAGGUGGGGCCUGUAGAUCAGCCUGCAAGAAAUGUGGGUGCUCUGCCUGUGAUCGAUCCAGACACCAGCCAGGGCAUGCCUAAAGGCUCCACAUACUCGGUGGCCUUUUCUGCGGUCUCCAGGCAAGAUGUCUCCCCCUCUGGUUCAUCUUCAGGCAGUGCCCCAACCUCUGCCUCCCACUGUUCACCUCUGGUCUCCGUGCCAACACCACCCUCCAGCAGCAGAGCAACCAGCCAAUCAGCAGGUCACUCACCUGAGACUGUCCAGUGUGUGUCAAAGGUUCCUGUUCCAGAUGUGCAACAGCAAGAAGUGUUUGCUGUGCACAGGCCACUGCCACCACAUCUGGGGAAAAAGAGAAAGAGCGACGAGUUUCCGAGGGAGGACUUGGAGGAGGCAAAGAAGACGUUUCAGGUGAAGAGAGGCAGAGCACAGACUGGCCAAACGGAGACCACCAGCAGAGCUCCAGGCAAAGCUUCUGUGGCCCGGUCCACAGUGGAGCAGAUGCACCCCAAGACAGCUGCAGUGCCGAGCGCAAGGUCCUAUACAACUAGGAGGACCUCUAGGCCUCAGUCCAAGCCAGCAGCCCCAAAGACCAACCAGAGAGCUGCUUCGGUAAGGUCAGUGUCCUCUUCCACGGUGAAGAAAUCAAAAGUCAUUGCUGUGGCUCAGUCACAGCUGACCUUCAUAAAGCCAGCUCAAACAGUCAUACCACGGCACCCCAUGCCCUUUGCUGCCAAAAACAUGUUCUAUGAUGAGAGGUGGCUUGAGAAGCAGGAACGGGGAUUCACCUGGUGGAUCAACUAUGUCCUCACACCCGAUGACUUCAGGGUCACCACAGAGGUCACCAAAGUGAAUGCUCUGUCACUGGCAACGGGGGAUAGCAAGUUUGCCGUUCCGAAAGCCCCAACUAAAGAGGAGAUGUCGCUGAGGACCUACACAGCCCGUCGGCGUUUGAACCGCCUGCGUCGCUCCGCGUGCCAGCUGUUCUCCUCUGAGGCUGUGGUGAAGGCCAUCCAGAGGCUGGAGAUCGAGGUGGAAGCCAAACGACUGCUCAUCCGCAAGGACCGACACCUGUGGAAGGACAUUGGAGAGCGGCAAAAAGUUCUGAACUGGCUUUUGUCCUAUAAUCCUCUCUGGCUGCGAAUUGGACUGGAGACCAUUUAUGGCGAGCUGAUUUCAUUGGAGAGUAACGAUGACGUCAUGGGGUUGGCCAUGUUCAUUCUUAGACGUUUGCUGUGGAACCCUGACAUCGCUGCAGAAUACAGACACCAUAAAGUCCCACAUCUGUACAGAGAUGGUCACGAGGAGGCCUUGUCGCGCUUCACCUUGAAGAAACUCCUCUUGCUGGUCUGCUUCCUGGACAAGGCCAAAGAGUCGAGGCUGAUCGAACAUGACCCCUGUCUGUUUUGCAUGGAUGCUGAAUUCAAGACCAGUAAGGGUCUCUUGCUGGCUUUCUCUCGAGAUUUCCUCAGUGGUGAAGGGAUUUUGUCUCGACAUCUCGGGCACUUGGGAUUAGCAGUGUCCCAUGCCCAGACCCCUCUGGAUGAGUUUGACUUCGCUGUGAGAAACUUGGCCACAGACCUUCGAUGUGGAAUUCGUUUGGUCCGCGUCAUGGAGCUCUUCAUCCAGGACUGGAGUUUGUCCAAGAGGCUUAGGAUGCCAGCCAUCUGCCGCCUCCAGAAAGUCCACAAUGUAGACCUGGCCUUUCAGGUGCUGAGAGAGAAAGGGGUGGACUUGAAAGAUGAGCGAGGCACAGCUAUUGAGUCCAGAGACAUUGUGGAUGGACACAGAGAGAAGACUCUGAAUCUUUUGUGGAAAAUCAUCUUUGCAUUCCAGGUGGAGGUAUUGCUAGAUGAAGAACAGCUGAAGGAGGAAAUCAGUUUCCUCAGGAGGACAUGGCGAACGAAACGGAAGCUGAAUUCCCUUCGAACAGACAAAAGCGUCCCACUGAAGGCCAUGAGGUCCCAGCCCGAGAUGAAACAAAGCAGUGUGAAAAUCACACUGCUCAUGGACUGGGUGAAUGCUGUCUGUGAGUUCUACAAUUUAAAGGCUGAGAACUUCACAGUAGCCUUCUCAGAUGGCCGGAUUCUCUGCCAUCUGGUCCACCACUACCACCCCGGCCAGCUGCCCUUGGAGAAGGUUCGGCAGGAGACCACUCAGACCAUAGAGUGUGGCCACCGCGGCAGAGUGGAGCUCAAUAACUCCAGCAGUGACUCGGACACCUCAAUCAAUGCUGACCCUGUGGCACCAAAUGGCCUAGAAUCUUUUUCUGUUGACUUCAAAGAGCUGCUUGAGAAUGAGAAGAGUAAUUUCAUGUUGGUGAACUUUGCUGUGUCAUACCUUGGAGGAGUUCCAGCCAUGAUCAACCCCACUGACAUGUCAAACACCAUCCCGAAUGAGAAGGUCGUUACAUGCUUCCUGUCGUUCCUUUGCACUCGUCUCUUGGACCUAAGAAAUGAGACCAGAGCGGCCAGGGUCAUCCAGGGAGCAUGGAGGAAGUACAGACUGAAGAAAGAUCUUGAGCUGUACCAGUCGAGGAACGUGGCAGCCGCUAAGAUCCAGGCUGUGGUGAGGAGGUUCCUUCUGAGGCGGCACGCAGAGAAGCAUGCUGUGGCAGCCUUAGCUAUCCAGAGUGCCUGGAGGCGCUAUGCUGCACGCCAGGCUUUAAAACGCAUGAGGUCGGCUCAUCUUCUUGCCUGCCAUAACCAUGCGGCAACCAUCAUACAAAAAAUCUAUAAAGGCUGGCGAACCCGAGAAUUCCUGAGGAGGACUCGCGCUGCCAAUGUGAUCCAAGCCUGGUACCGCAUGCAUAUAUGUAGAAAAGAAUACCACAAGCUCAAAUGUGCAACAGUAAGCAUUCAGUCAUGGUUCAGAGGUUGCUCCCAGAGGUGUCGAUUCCUGACCUUGAAGCUACAGCAGUCCUCUGCCAUUAGCAUUCAGAGUGCCUAUCGAGGAUACCUCAUCCGGAGGCAGGUUGCAAAGAUGAGGGGAGCGGCUCUCUUGAUCCAGAGAUGGUUCCGGGCCAGCCGUCAACGUGACCAAGAGAGGCUCCGUUACCUGAAGAUGAAGCAGGCAGCUGUAACCUUGCAAGCAUCUUACAGAGGUUUACAGACUCGCAAAGAGCUGGAAAGAAGACACCAGGCAGCACUGACGAUCCAAACAGCCUUCCGGAUGGCUGUGGCCCAGAGAGCUUUUCAGACCUUGAAGAGAGCCGCUGUGGUUGUGCAGUGCAGGUACCGGGCCAAAGUUCUGGGUGAGCAGGUCAGGAGGAAGCACUUGGAACUCAAACACGCUGCUGUGACACUUCAGGCCAUCUGGCGUGGACGAGCACACAGGAAGAGGAUGGAAGACCUUCACAGGUGCGCCACACUGAUUCAAGCGCAGUAUCGUUGCCACAGGGCUCAGUCUCGUUUUAGGGCCCAAAAAACAGCAGCUCUUGUCAUCCAACGACAGUAUAGAGCAAUGCUUUCUGCCAGGCAGGUGAGGACCGAAUAUCUCCAGUUGAGACGAGCUGCAGUUGUGUUGCAGGCUGUGUAUCGUGGCAUGCAGGUCAGGCAAGAGUUGAGAUCAAAGAACCAUGCAGCCACAGUGAUCCAAGCUUAUGUGCGAGCUUUUGCAUGCCGCCAGCGAUAUCUGGCACUGCGAAUGGCAACAAGCGUAAUUCAGCAACACUAUCGCGCACAAUUACUGGGUCGAGCUGAACGGGAGCGUUACCAGCAGGUUCAGAGAGCAACUGUGAAGCUCCAAGCAAACUUCCGAGGACUCGUGGUUAGACGGCGUCUGCAAAAGGAACGCCAGGCAGCUAUGCUCAUUCAAGCAUGUUUCAGAGCUCAUAAGGCGCGAGUAGCUUACCUCGCAGCAAAAUGUGCAGCCACCAUUAUCCAGCAGCGCUACCGGGCAGUUGUCGUUGCCCGACGAGCACGGAAAGACUUUUUGGAGGGCAGAGCAGCAGCCUUGACACUGCAGUCAGCAUUCAGGGGCAUGCAGGCCCGUAGUAGUGUCAGGAAAAUGCGCAAAGCUGCAACAGUCAUUCAAGCCCACCUCAGAGGGCAUUUUGAGUUUGUCAGAUAUCAGAGAUCCCGUUGGGCAGCACAGUUAAUUCAGCAGAGAUUCAGAGCACACCUGGCCAGGAAAACUGCCAUGCUUGAGUACUCUACCCUGAAAUCUGCAGCUGUAUGCAUUCAAGCCCAUUACCGUGGCGCAAUAGUGAGGAAACAUCUAGGAAAAAUGCUAAAUGCUGCCACAGUCAUUCAAAGGACAUUCAGAACAUACAAACAGCGGAAGGAGUACCUUGUUCUCAGAGAGACCGCCAUCAAAAUCCAGAGACUGUUCAGGGCCACGCUGAUGGCACGGCAAGAGCAGAGGCAGUUUUAUUUGUUGCGAGAUGCAGCCAUCACCGUCCAGUCCACGUACCGAGGUAUGAAGGUGAGGAAAGAGAUGCAAAAGCAACAAAGGGCUGUUACAGUGAUCCAGGCGUUCUACAGAAUGUACAGGACAAGAGUGCGAUUCCAAGCCAUGAGACUGGCUUCAGUUGUCAUACAGAGGCAAUACAGGCACCAUCUGAGAGGAAAACAAGUCAGGGAAGACUAUCUGAAGCUUCGUCAGAGUGCUACCACUGUUCAAGCUAUUUUUAGAGGCAAUCGGACAAGGCGCGAGAUCCAAAGGAUGCAUUCAGCAGCUCGCAUUAUCCAGUCCCAGUUCAGGAUGCAUUGUUGCCGAACAUGCUAUGUGAAGCUCUUGUGGGCCACCAGGGUUUUACAAGAGAAAUUCAAGGCCAACAGAUUACGGAACUCUUACACCCAGCAGUACAAGGCCAAGAAAAAGGCUGCUCUGACAAUCCAGUCUGCUUUCCGUGGACACCAAUCCAGGCAGGAGAUGAAGAAAAGGCACAAAAUGGCUACUCUAAUUCAGAGGAAGUACUUAACUUUUAGGGAGAAGAAACACUUCCUUGCACUUAAGGCUGCUGCAGUGUUCUGUCAAAGACUCUAUCGAUCUCAGCAUAUGGCAGUGCAGUGUCGGCAAGAGUACCUCGACAAGAGAAAUGCCUGUGUCACUAUUCAGGCAUGUUACAGAGGCAUGAAGGUUCGACAGCACUUGCAGCAAGAACAAAGAGCAGCAGUGGUCAUACAGGCCCACAUUAGAAAACACCUCUGCAGAUCAUACUACAUGCGUCUGUUGAGGGCAGUGCAGGUUAUUCAGGACCAAUAUAGGGCCAAGCUAGAGAUGAGGAGAGAUUUAGAGGACUAUGGAAAAAAGAAACGGGCUGCCGUAAUGCUCCAGGCAGCCUUCCGCGGCAUGAAAGCCAGGCAGCGUUUGCAGCAGAUGCACCAGGCUGCGAGGAUUCUGCAGAGCCAUUUGCGAGGCUGCCGUGAGCGCAGACAUUACUUGGCCCUCCAGGCUUCCGUCCUCACGGUCCAGCGGCGAUAUCGUGCCAUGAAAGCAGGCAGAGAGGAAAGGCAGCGCUACCUGGGCCUGCAGCAUGCAGUGGUCACUCUACAGGCGGCUUUCAGAGGGCACAAGGCUAGGUUGGAGAUUCUUCGAUACCACCAGGCAGCCAUGGUCAUCCAGGCAAGUUUCAGGAGACACCGGGAGCAAGUGAAGUUCCAGGCCAUGAGGUUAUCCGCCAUAAUCAUCCAGAGGCAUUACAGGGCCUACACCAUGGGUCGAGGCAUUCGAAGAGAGUACAUUAAGUUGAAGGAGUCUGCCAUAAUCAUCCAGUCAGCUUUCCGAGGUUAUUGUGCCAGGCGACGGGCUGCAGAAAUGCACCGGGCGGCCAUAGUUAUCCAGUCUCACUUCAGGAGGCACAGGCAGUGGUUGUCCUUCAGGAAACAGUGCUGGGCUGCCGUUGUGCUUCAACAAAGAUUCAGGGCUCUGCAGCUCAGAAAUGAGCAGUUGCACAAUUACCAACAUCUGAGAUCAACAGCCAUUUGCCUUCAAGCAGCAUAUAGAGGUAAGAAGGCAAGGGAGCAGGCAAAGCGCAUGAAGGCAGCCAGGACCAUCCAGUCCUUCCUCAAGAUGAGCGUGAAGAGACGCCAUUACAUUAAGGUGAAGGCUGCCUCCGUGACUAUUCAGUCUGCCUUCAGGGCUCGACUCGCUCAACGUCGGUACUCAGAAAUGCGUGCCGCGGCCACAGUGAUCCAGGCGUGGUACCGGUCGUGCCGGCAGGUCCAGAAGGAGCGAGCCAGCUUCAAAACCGUACGGCAAGCGGCGCUGACUCUGCAGUCCGCCUUCCGCAGCAUGCAGGCGAGGAGGAGCGCCAAGCGGGAACGCGCUGCCGUCAAGAUCCAAGCAGUGGUGCGCAUGGCCGUGCAGCGCAGGAGGCUCCUGCUGAUGCGAGGCAGCGCCGUCAGGCUGCAGGCGGGCGUCCGGAUGUACCUGGCCAGACGGAGUUACCUCAGGCAGCGCAGCGCAGCCCUCGUCCUGCAGCAGCGCUACAGAGCUCAGAAAGCCCAGAGGGAGCAGAGGCAGCGUUACCUGCAUGCUCUCAGAAGUCUGACCAUCCUGCAGGCACACCUGCGUAGGGCUGUAGAACAGAGGAGGUUCCAGAGACUCAAGAAGAGCGCCCUCACAAUCCAGGCUGCUUUCCGAGGAACGAUUGUGAGACGACAGUUGAAACAUCAGAAGGCUGCAGCUGCAGUUAUCCAGAAACAUUACAGAGCUCAUCUCCACUCUCAGAGAGAGAGGGCUGGCUUCCUGAAAAAGAGGACAUCUGCUCUUUUAAUUCAGAGAGCAUUCCGACAAUACCAGCUCAGAAAGUAUGCCGAACAGGAGCAGGCCGCAGUCAAGAUUCAGGCAUGGUUUAGAGGAAGCCUGGCCAGACAACAUGUCAUCGCCCGACGAGCUGCUGUUGCAACCAUCCACAGGUGUCUGCAGGCCAGGCUACAGCGUAGAAGGUUCCUGAUGUUGCAGCAGAGCACUCGCCUCAUUCAACAGAUAUGGAGAGAAACACUGGCUACAAGGCUGCAGCACCAAAACUAUUUGAACAUGAAAGCUUCGGCGAUUGCCAUCCAAGCCUUGUGGAGAGGCCACAGAGCCAGACAAUAUAUUCACAAGGAGCGGAGGGCAGCCACAUUGAUCCAAGCCCGCUUCAGAGGCCAUGCCCAGAGGCAGGACUUCAGGCGUCUCAAAGAGGCAGCCCUGAGGGUCCAGAGGCGCUUCCGAGCAGCGCGCCAGGAGCGACUGGAGAAAGAGAACGAAAGGCGCAGGAACGCAGCCACCACCACUCUGCAGGCUUACUGCCGUGGCUGGCUCACCAGGAGAAGGAUGAUGGAAGCAGAGAAUGCCCAAAGAAGACUACGCUUUUCUGCUGCAGUUUACCACCAUCUCUGUGCCGUGAAGAUUCAGAGGGCAUUCCGUGUCCAUCAGGCUCUGAAAGCAGCGAGAAAACAGAUGCAUUCAGUUAUCUGCAUCCAGCGGUGGAUGAAGACCAAGCUGCAGCGGAAGCGAUACCUGGAGGAGCGUCUGCAGGUAGUCGUAGCCCAGAGGGCGGCCAGGGCGUGGUUGGCCAGACGCCAUCGGGCAGCCACGGUCAUCCAGCGCUCUGUGCGCAACAUGCUGCUUAGCCGUCGACAGGAGAAGCUGCAGCGCGGCAUCAUCAGGGCUCAGGCUUUAUGGAGAGGUCAUUGCUCCCGAAAGCUGAAUGACACCCGCAAAAUUGUUGCCAUACGCCAUCGCCUUCGGAAAAUCAACCAAGAAGCAAAGGAGGAGGAUUGCCUCCGCAAUAAGACCACAAUGGCCAUUGGUUAUCUCCUGGGUUGCCACAACUUUGGCUACAUUAUUUUAGCCUUGAAGUAUUUGGAGACCGCGACCAGACUUUCGCCCGAGUGUUGUGAACACCUGGUGAAGAGCGGAGCGACAGAGAAAAUUGUCACCCUCAUUAGGAGCUGCAACAGGAGCCUCCCCUCCAUGGAGACCAUCAGUUUGUCUAUCCAAGUGCUCCUCAACCUCUCCAAGUACAACCGGACGAUAGAGGCAGUGUUUGCAGUCGAGCAUGCUGUGGACAUGCUCCUGGAUCUCCUCCAGAUCUACCGGGAAAAGGCAGGGGAUAAAAUGGGUGACAAAGGAGGGAGCAUCUUCACCAAGGCCUGUUUCCUGCUGAUUCUACUUGUACAAGACCGCCACAGGGCAGCGGAGGUGAGAAACAUCCCCAAGGCUAUGGAUCGCCUUCGCAGCAUCUACCGUCUUACAAUGCGUAAAUGUAAGAAGGACACAGAGAGAAUGGUGGUCAGACAAAAAAUGAAUGGGUCCCUCAAUGGCAGUCUUCUUGUCCCAGCCACCCCUCGCAAGUCUAAGAUGCCACCAAGGUUUGUCCCAGAGUGGGUACUCAGGAAAGACAAGCUGGGAGACAUCAUUGAUCCUCUUUGUGCCAUCCAAAUGCUAGCCUCUGCAUUAAGUUUGUAAAUAAUUUAGCCAUGCAAUGCUCAGUGCUAAUUUUCACCAAAUGGUCAUAUCUGUAUGUUUGUGUGUAUAGACAGCCCUUUUUAUGUGCCUGUGCCUGACUUUUUAAAAUUAUUUUAAAUGGUCAUUGCUUUUAUUAUACAGACUGGCUUUUACUUUCCACUGUUACAAUCUUAACCUUUGUUAAAUGCAGUGAGAAAACAUGGACUUGCUAAGCUGAUUUUUCAGAAAUGGGAGUUUCAUCACUUGCAAAACAUAAAACAUCACUAGUUUCCUCACUUUACUUUGUAAAUAUUAUCCAUGUGCUUUGAACAAGAGUGAAUAAAUUCUUUUUUCCCUUUUCUAGUAAA